AUGCCCUCCGCCGUGUACGAGCUGGCGCCCGCGACUUCGGAGCCCAACGGAGCAAAUGGCCAUCGAGUCAAUGGCCACGGAGCCGACGCCGGCGCCAGGCCAAUUGAAAACACCAGCGGCGGUCUAGAAGAUCCUUUCGUGACUUUUUCCAACGGCGACCCUCACGGCGUGGUAGAGAUCAACAACCUGCACAACCCCGUCCCAAUGUCGCAGAAAUACCGAACCCCCAGGACCAGCAUGGCCCUGACGGAUUACAGCGUCAAUCCGUCAACGCCUGAUGACCAGAAGCGCCAGCACAUCCGCGAAAUCGUCCCAGAGGACUUUCUGCUGCCCAAUGGCCACCCGGACUACCUGCGAUUGAUUGCGAGCGCGACAUCCCGCAUCUACGAAGCCUGCAAGCUGACACCGCUCUCCCACGCCGUCAACCUCAGCAACCGCCUCGAGUGCAAUGUCCUGCUCAAGCGCGAGGACCAGCAGCCCGUAUUCAGCUUCAAGCUGCGCGGCGCCUACAACAAGAUGGCCCAUCUCGACCCUAAAAAAAGCUGGCGAGGCGUCAUCUGCAGCUCCGCCGGCAACCACGCCCAGGGUGUGGCCUUCUCGGCGCGCAAGCUGAGGAUCCCGGCGACCAUCGUCAUGCCCGAAGCCACCCCCGCCAUCAAGCAUCUGAACGUCGCCCGUCUGGGAGGCCAUGUCGUUUUGCACGGCGCCGAUUUCGACGCCGCCAAGGAGGAGUGCUCGCGGAGGGAAAAGAUCGACGGGCUCAUCAACAUCCCCCCCUUCGACGACCCAUAUGUCAUUGCCGGUCAGGGGACUAUCGGCAAUGAGCUUUUCGGCCAGACCAACAUGGCCAAGGUGGAUGCCAUCUUCUGCUGCGCGGGCGGAGGUGGCCUCAUUGCCGGAAUCGGCCUCUACAUCAAGCGCAUGGCUCCCCAUGUCAAGAUCAUCGCCGUCGAGGCCUACGACGCGAACGCCCUCGUGCAGUCCCUAAAGGCGGGCAAGCGCAUCGUGCUGCCAAGCGUCGGCCUGUUCGCAGAUGGCGCGGCUGUCAAGACCGUCGGUGAGGAGACGUUCCGCAUCUGCAAGGAGGUCGUAGACGAGGUGGUCGAGGUGACGACCGAUGAGAUCUGCGCCGCCAUCAAGGACAUGUAUGACGAUACCCGGAGUGGUCUGGAGCCCGCCGGUGCGCUCUCCAUCGCCGGUCUGAAGAAGUACGUCGAGAAGAACCCGCCCCGCGACCCGAGCCGGACCAUGAUCGCAGUCACCUCCGGAGCCAACAUGGACUUUGACCGAUUCCGAUUCGUGGCCGAGCGCGCCAAGAUUGGAGGCGGCAAGGAGGCCCUGCUCCACGUCCGUAUUCCCGAGCGCCCGCAGGCGUUCGCCGAGCUCGUUGACACCAUCAUGGGUAACCCCGUCACCGAGUUUUCGUACCGUUACGCGACCGAUCGCAUCGCCAACGUCUUCUUCGGUCUGUCCCUGCUCGCGCCUCCCCAGGAGAGGAAGGAAGAGCUCAAGCGUCUCAUGGACAACAUCCAAGCGGGUGGCAUGGAGGUCACGGACGUAUCUCAGGACGAGCUGGCCAAGAGCCACAUCAGGUAUCUGGUCGGAGGCGUCUCGGGCGUCAAGAACGAGAGGCUUUACAUGUUCAACUUCCCCGAGCGCCCCCGCGCGCUGGAGAAGUUCCUGGAGGUCCUGCGACCCAGGUUCAACAUCAGUCUAUUCAACUACCGCAACUCGGGCGGAGACAUGGGUAAAUGCCUGACUGGCAUCAUCUGCCCUGACGAGGACGUCGAGGAGCUGGAAAAGUUCCUGCAGGAUAUUGGAUACCCGUACGAGGAUUGCACGGAGUCGAAACUGUUCAAGUCUUUCUUGAGGCUGGAGGACUCUGAGCAGUAG